AUGACAUUCGGGGUUUUUGCCAAUUUGUUGGUGCUUUUGGCUUCGAAAAAAAUGGGAUCAAUGAAUAGUUCCUUCGGGAUGAUCACAAAGAAUCAGGCAAUUUUGAAUAUGACCAUGUGUCUGAUUUAUGUAAUUUUUGUGUGUCCAAUGCAGUUGAGCCCCAGCAAUCCACUAAUUCCCCAUUCCCAUUAUCUGGGUCUAAUUGCAAUGACAAUUUAUGAAAUCUCCAAUCAACUUCAUCUCCUUUUGGCUCUGAAUCGCCUUUGUGCAGUUUUUUGGACCUUUCGCUACGAUCAAAUUUUCACAAAAUCCAAGACGACAAUGUUCGAAAAUUUCGCUUUUUUAACUUCCGUUUUCAUGUGUUUGCUAUUUUACGAAUUCCUCGGAUGCCAUUUUUCAUAUAGCAGUUCCACCUGGACCUUUGUAUUUUUUGACAGUUCAGAAUGUUCGAGAAUCACAUGGUAUUCGGAUUUUAUUUUUAAUAUUUGUAUGGUUGCAUUAACAUUAUUUAUCAAUUUGCUGACUGCUUACAAAGCUGGAAGGGAUAGUCGAGUCCUGUUGAGCGCUGCAGGAGUUCAAAUGUCGAAAGAGCAGCGGCAAAGGGAGAAGAGUUUUAUAAAACAAUCAUUCUUCCAAGGAGCUGCAAUUUUUGCUGGUCAAGUCACAUAUUAUGUCACUGCACCGUUUUUGACCGACUAUAGUGUUUUGCUAUUUUUGGACUCUAGUCUAUGGGCAUUCAUGCAUGCGUUUGAGGGCGCAAUAAUUCUGGCGUCUAACCAAGAGAUGUUGUCUGUUAUGAAAAAGAAGAGACAAUCCAUCGUUUCGGCCUUCGUGCUGAUGUUCUAG